UGCGAUGCUCCGCUGCCGCCUGCCCCUGCUCGGGCCCUGGCUGCUGCUGCAGAUGGUGUGUGCUGGGGGCCACAUCGCCAAGACCCUGGGGUACUUGGAGCUGGGCACCUCCGGCCUCCUCAAGGAUGUCCCCUACGGCACCCUGAAGCCCCCAGCGCUCGACCCCGGGCGGCUGAUUCCAGCUGAGCCCCGGGGCACGGGGACACCCUCAGGCGCUGCGCAGAGCCCCUGGGACUGGCAGAAGAACCAGACAACUGGGGAGCUGCUGAGCCCCCGUGCCCGGCGCAAGCCUUUGCUUAAGUCCGGCCGCACCAAGAAGAUCUUCGGCUGGGGCGACUUCUACUUCAACAUCAAGACGCUGAAGUUCAGCCUGCUGGUGACGGGGAAGAUCGUUGACCACAUCAACGGGACCUUCAGCGUCUACUUCCGCCACAACUCCUCCAGCCUAGGCAACGUCUCGGUCAGCAUUGUGCCCCCCUCCAAGGCAGUAGGCUUCGAGGUGCUGGUGCCAGCCCCCCCGCCGCUCCCCCGCCCGCCCCCCCAGCAGAGCACCCUGCCCGAGGGGCGGCUGGCCAAGGCCCUCAACUGCCACGUGGAGUAUGAGAAGACCAACCGGGCGCGGAAGAACAAGCCCUGCCUGUACGACCCCUCCAAGGUGUGCUUCACCGAGCACACGCAGAGCCACGCUGCCUGGCUCUGUGCCAAGCCCUUCAAGGUCAUCUGCAUCUUCAUCUCCUUCCUCAGCAUCGACUACAAGCUGGUCCAGAAGGUCUGUCCUGACUACAACUUCCAGCACGACAACCCCUACUUUGGCUGACAGCCGCAGGAAGGGGCAGCGGGCGCCAGAGCUGGAGGCAGAUGGGGGCCAGGGGCUCCUGCACCCCAUCCCGGCUGCAUGGUGGCCCCCCCAUUGUCCCCACACCGGCUCCCCCUUCAUCACUGCAGCACCUCCCCGGGGUGUGGGAGCGGAGCCAGGGACGGCCUGCCCGGGGCACAGCCGGCGCAGGGGGUGGCCACACUCCCGUCCCUGCAGCUGGGCAGGGGGUGCAGGUGCAGAUCCUGGCCCCCCACCCCAUGCCAGGGGCUGGGCUGGGGUCCCUGGGAGCAUGUGGGUGAGUCGGAGGGUACAGCCCCAUGCGAUGGCAUCAGCUGGGCGUGUGCCACCUCCGGGGCGCGCACAGGAGCAGUUGUAGCAGGGGGGUUUUGCCGCGUGCCAGCAGGUCACAGUGUUGGGGAGAGCUCAGGCUUCACCCCGUACCCUGGGGGGGGCUUUUGUCUUUCUGCAGCCAUGGGAGACGUGCAUGCAUGUGCGUGUGGACACAUGUGUGCAUGCCAGUCUGUGCAAGUGCAAGGGCACCUGUCCAGGUAUUUUUGAGCCUUCCGUUCC